AUGGAAACUAACUACUAAAAAGAAACAAAAAGACCACAAUAAAGUAAAUGUUCAUAUCCUAUAUAGUAAUUAAAAUGGCAAAAUUACACAAUAACUACAAAGAACCAGAUGACACAUAUGAACCAAAAAGAAGAGUAAAAAUUUAGAGUACAUUUAAUUCAAUCGACAAUGUAUAAUAAUUAAAUGAGGAUUCCUCAACUUUUAAUGGAAUUGACUAUUUUGAAAACCUAUAAUAGAAGAAAUCAAAUGAAAAGAAAAAAACACCUUUAAAAUUAGAAAGUGUGUCUUCAAUUUUGGCUAAGGUAUCAUUGAGGGAACGAUUCUCUAAUCUUCAUUUGAUUACUUCUAUCGAUAAAAUGCUAAUGCAUAGUAAAUAUUCCAAUUUAUGUCACUUUUUCAAAGAAAUUGAUGAAAUUCUUUUAUUUCUUCAAAACUAACAAAAACCGCCUUUCUUUAAUACAAUUUAUGAAUUAUUGAGCCAUAAUUCUAAAAUAAAAAUUACUUAAUAAAUCAUUCAAUAAAUAUUGGAAAUCUUUCCAAAUGCUUAUGAUGUUAAUUGGUCUUUGAAUGAAAAAUUAAUAAGAGAAGAUCAGAGUGAUUUAAUGAUAAAGGCAAAUAUUAAAUCUCAUGUUUAGUUGGUAGAUCGUUUAACUUAUUUCCAAUAAUUAAUGUUUAAAUAUAUUUAGAAAAAUGGAGAAUAUAUUGGUUUAGCCAUUUUGCCCAAAAAUCCAUUUUAAUAAAUUUUAAAAGAUUAAUUUGAAAUGAAUAAUUCUUUAAAAAAGGAAAUCUAAUAAUAAACUUAUGAAAAUGAAAUUCAAAGUGAAAUCUAUAAAGAGCCAAUAUAUUCUAAAUUGAGUUAAAAUUUAAUAGAAAAAUUGAAAUCAAAAAAGAAACCAGAGAUUGUACUUAAUGAUUGUAAAACACCAAAAUAAUAAUUAAUUGCUCUAUCCUAAUUAAUUCAUUAAUAUUAUCAUAUUAGAGAUGUAUCAAAUAUGUUUUUAAUAAAUGUUGUUAAAUACAGUUUUAAUAGUUUAAAACAUUUUAUUUUAGAUGAAAAUUAAAUAAAAGCUUAUAUUGAUUAAUUAAUAACAUUGUGUCCAUAUUGGAUGCAACUUAUUGAAAAUUAGAAUGGCUCAAUUUUAAGGUUGAAUAAAGAAAUAGAUAUUCCUUCUAUAAUUAGAUCUAUCGAAUAUAUGUGA